AUGCGUUGUUCGAUCCUCUCCGUCGCCUCUCUCCCACUUUUCUUGGGGCUGACUUGUGCUGGUGGCGUCGAAAAGGACAAACAAAACAAUGUCUGUACCGUCAAAGCCAAUGGAAAACAGACGGAUGAUGUGCCAAAUCUUCUGAAGGCUUUCAAAGAAUGCGGAAAUGGAGGGACAAUAAUCUUCCCUGGUGAUCAGUCCUAUUGGAUUGGGACGAGACUUAAUCCUGUUCUGAAUGAUGUCACAAUACAAUGGAGAGGGAAGUGGACAUUCUCUGACGAUCUCGACUACUGGCGCAACUCCUAUCCUGUUGCCAAAAUCAUCAUGCGGGCUUCAUUGUCAGCGGACACAACAUCACCAUCGACGGAUACGGGCGUCACACAACCUGGGAGGCCGAUGCCGUUCGUCUUCUGGAACGUCUCUGAGGUCAAUGUCGAGAACUUCCACGUCAAAGACCCGCCUCUAUGGAGUGUCAAUAUUAUAAACGGCACGAACAUGCGGUUCAAUAAUAUUCACUGCAAUGCGACGUCGGUAGAUGCGCCGUACGGCUACAAUUGGGUGCAGAAUACGGAUGGAUUUGAUACCAUGGAUGCUGUGGACAUCCGACUCACCAACUUUGUGUACCAAGGUGGAGAAGACUGCAUCGCCAUCAAGCCUCGAUCGUACAAUAUCGACAUCCAGAAUGUGACGUGCGUUGGCGGAAAUGGCAUUGCCAUUGGUAGUCUUGGUCAAUAUCUCGAGAACUCCAGUGUGGAGAAUGUCCGUGUAGAUAAGGUGAAGAUCAUACGGUACAACGAAGACAUGCACAACGCCGCGUAUAUCAAAACCUGGGUCGGCGCUCUGGUCCCCCAAAGUUCAUAUGAAAGCGCUGGUCUCCCUCGCGGUGGAGGCUGGGGCAAUGUGCGAAAUAUCCUCUUCUCGAACUUUGAGGUGUAA